AUGGGGAACCAAGGGAGCUCCCUUUCUGAUAUGAAUCUUUUCUCCAAAGGUGCGGUCUUCACACGGGAGCAGCUGGAUGAAUAUCAGGACUGUACCUUCUUCACUAAAAAGGACAUAAUCCGAUUGUAUAAACGUUUCUACGCCCUGAAUCCACACAAAGUGCCUACAAAUAUGCAAGGAAGCCGUCCAUCAAUAGUCACCCUGUCAUUUGAGGAAAUUGAAAAAAUGCCUGAACUAAAGGAAAAUCCAUUUCGAAGAAGAAUCUGCGAAGUUUUCUCAGAGGAUGGUCGUGGAAAUUUGACUUUCGAUGACUUUCUGGAUAUGUUCUCUGUGUUUUCGGAAAAUGCACCGUUGCAGCUCAAACUUAAAUACGCUUUUCGUAUUUACGGUGAGUCAAGAAAAACGUUCGCCUUCAAGCAGGAAGAGCAACAUGUUUAUCUUAUUUGUAAAUAG